UUGCAUUCUGGAUAUCCUUGGUCUUUGGUGGCCUCUCUGGGGGUGAUCUGGACAUAGCACUCCAGUCAGUUCCUUUUCCUCUUUAUAAACACAGAAGCCACUUCCUUGAGAUUAAGCAUUCUUUCAAGUUUAGUAGGUUGAGGGACUCACUGAUGUAAGCUAUUCUGUCUUCAUGCUGAGUUUUGUGAAUGAGCUUGCACAUGUGAGUCAUGCUGUUAGUGACCUAAACACUGACUGCCUAUAAAAGAGUGGCCACUAAACGAAGCUACAGAAGUCAGGAACUGGAGAAGGAUUGCUUUACAAGUUGAGACUGUCUGCAUGGAGCCGCUGGCCAUCCUGGUGAUGCUGAGCCUGCCGAUCUCCUCGGCAUAUCCUCUGCCCGGGGCAGUGAGCAAAGACCACCCCAGCAUGGAGUUUGCUCAGCAAUAUCUAGAAAAGUACUACAACUUUGAAAAAAACGUGGAACAAGUGUUUAGAAGAAAGGACAGUAGUCCUGUGGUCAAAAAAAUCCAAGAAAUGCAGAAGUUCCUCGGGCUGGAGAUGACAGGGAAGCUGGACUCCAGCACUAUGGAUGUGAUGCUGAAACCCAGGUGUGGCGUCCCUGACGUUGGUGGCUUCACUACCUUUCCAGGGUCACCAAAGUGGAGGAAAAACCACCUCACCUACAGGAUUGUGGAUUAUACACCAGAUUUACCGAAAGAGAGUGUGGAUUCUGCCAUUGAGAAAGCGCUGAAAGUCUGGGAGGAGGUGACCCCGCUCACCUUCUCCAGGCUCUCUGAAGGAGAGGCUGACAUCAUGAUCUCCUUUGCAGUUGGAGAGCAUGGAGACUUUUACCCUUUUGAUGGACCAGGACAGAGUCUGGCUCAUGCCUACCCCCCUGGGCCUGGAUUUUAUGGAGAUGCUCAUUUUGAUGAUGAUGAAAAAUGGACACUGGGACCCUCAGGGACCAACUUAUUCCUGGUUGCUGCCCAUGAGCUUGGCCACUCCCUGGGUCUCUUUCACUCAAAUAACAAAGGAGCUCUGAUGUAUCCAGUCUACAGGUUCUCCACAAACCCGACCCAGUUCCGGCUUUCUCAAGAUGAUAUAGACGGCAUUCAGUCCCUCUAUGGACCACGUCCCUCCCCUGACACCAUAGUAGUACCUCUGUCCUCUGUCGCACCAAGACCUGAGACCCCAGCCAAGUGUGAUCCUGCUUUGUCCUUUGAUGCUGCCAGCACCCUGAGAGGGGAACUCCUACUCUUCAAAGACAGGUACUUUUGGCGCAGAACCCGCUGGAAUUCUGAGCCUGAAGUCCACUUGAUCUCGGCAUUUUGGCCCUCUCUUCCUUCACACUUAGAUGCUGCCUAUGAAGCUCACAAUAAGGACAGUGUUUUCAUUUUUAAAGGAAGUCAGUUCUGGGCAGUCCGAGGAAAUGAGGUCCAAGAGGGUUAUCCAAAAUCGAUCCACUCUCUCGGCUUUCCUCCUUCUGUGAGGAAGAUCGACGCAGCUGUUAGUGACAAGCAGAAGAAGAAGACGUACUUCUUUGUGGAGGACAAAUACUGGAGAUUUAAUGAGAAGAGAAAUCUGAUGGAUAAAGGCUUCCCCAGGCUGAUUAAAGAUGACUUUCCCGGAGUCGAAUCACAGGUGGAUGCGGUGUUGCAGGCCUUUGGUUUUUUUUAUUUCUUCCACGGAUCAUCACAGUUUGAAUUUGACCCCAAUGCUAGGACGGUGACCCACACCCUGAAGAGUAACAGUUGGCUCCUGUGCUGACUGUCAUGAGGAGACAUGUACAAACACUGGAAAAUGAGCCCUGCCAUUUCUUACCUAACUUAUUAUGUGUCAGGAUGAUUAACUAUUCCUGUGUGUUCUGUGGCUCAAGAAGAUGAGUCCAGAGAUGUCUUUCUUAGAGAGCAUCACCUGAACUCCUGCACUUGCUCUUGAGUUACACUGCACAGGAGUGAACAUUUCUCAUUGCAGUUGGGGAGAGGCUGCAUCUCCAUGAGUACUUCAUUGUUUAAUAAAGAGCUUUAUUU